CACCAUAUGUUAAUGUGAAGAGUGAACAGUAAAUGGUUAAUCUUACUGCGAUCUGGUUCUUAUUAACUGUGGUUUAUCCGGACGUUAAAUUCGGCGUUUCGUUACACCCGAAGGAGAACGUGACAGUGAAAAAGCGGCAUUAUCAGGUGUUUCAAGUGCUGCAAUGUCAGCUCAAUCCAGCAUCAAGUCGACGCCGCCCAGCGACAAGGGCAGUAAACCGACAUCAAGUAAGCCCACCCGGGCGUUAUCAGGUGUUCCAAGUGCUGCAAUGUCAGCUCGAUCCGGGAUCAAGUCGAUGGCGCCCAGCGACAAGGGCAGUAGAACGACAUCAAGUAAGUCCGCACAGGCAAGAGCCAAGGCAGAAGCCGCCAAGGUGCGACUGCAUUACGCCAGACAAGAAGCAGUUUUGAAAAUGAAACUGGCCACCAGAGAAGCCGAAAUCCAGAAAGAAGAGGCUGCCAGAGAAGCCGAAAUCCAGAAAGAAAGGGCCGCCAGACAAAGAGAAGAGGCUGCCAGAGAAGCCGAAAUCCAGAAAGAAAGGGCCGCCAGAGAAGCCGAAAUCCAGAAAGAAAGGGCCGCCCGAGAAGCCGAAAUCCAGUUGGAAAUGGCAAAAAUAUCGACAGAGUUGCAAGUGCUGCAGCUAGAAAGAGAAGAAGCUGCUGCCAUGGCGGAAGCAAAGUACAUAGAAGAAGCUGAAGGGUCGCGUGAUCUGACCGCAGCAAGAUCUACUUUAGAAAGGACCAGACUGGAACGCACAAGCGACUAUGUACAAUCUCAAAUAGACAGGCAGGCUCGUCUCCCCUCUCCAUACGUAUUCGAUAACUUCCCCAGCUACGAGGAACCUCAGAGAGUCACGAUUGCAUCACAUCCAUACGAGGAAGGAAAUUUACCCUCACGGCUCCGUGAUGAAGUCAAGAAUGAAAGAACCGACAACGCUCCUUCACCCCCACAACAGGACGGCGGGGAGGGAGAGGUUCACUCCAGGACAACAAUUGUCAGCUCGAACUGUACAGAAGUUUGCGGUCAAACUCAGUCAAGCCGUUCUUGUUCCGAGAUCUGCCUCACUGAGGUGUACCCUAAAGAAGCACAACGAGACAUUACCAAGCGUAAAGUAACCGACGAGACGCUAGGUCAGUCAGUUUUCGUUCAAACCGAGGACGGAAACAAACUUGCACAAUCAGCUCAAGAUACCAUUUCUUUAAAACCCAAAGACACCAAGGUCUUCAGAGAUGAAGCAAAUAAUGGGGUUGCCCCAUUGCCUAUCAGAGAACCAUGCCAGCGCUCACCAGAUAACAAAGAGCAGGCAGUCAAACGGUUCACGUCCUUACGGAAAACCCGGAAAAGGAAACCUGAGAUGCAGCAACACACCCGAUUGGCCCACGAGGUACUGUGCACCCUAAUGGCAGAGGUCACAGCCAUUAUAAACGCACAAUCAUUCCUACCUGUGUCUUCUGACCCAGAAAACCCCUUUAUACUUUCGCCAUCAACGCUCCUUACGCAGAAGGCAGGAGCACCUCCUCCACCAGGAGACUUCUCAGACAAGGAUUUGUACACAAAGCAAUGGAGACAAGUCCAGGCUCUGGCAAAUCAGUUCUGGCCUCGCUGGAGACAAAAAUAUCUACCUUUGUUGCAACAGAGACAAAAGUGGACAGAACCCCGAAGGAAUCUUCAAGUUGAAGACUUAGUCCUGCUCAGGGACAAGCAAGCCGCUCGCAACAGCUGGCCAACGGCCAGAAUCACUGCUACAUUCCCUAGCGAGGAUGGACAUGUCAGGAAGAUCGAAUUGAAGACUACCGACCAAGGCGAUGUGAAAAUUUACCAAGGGCCAGUUACAGAAGUUAUUCUACUUCUACCCAAUGACUGAUUAAGAGACUAAGUUUUGUACUCUGCUCAUUGUGACCUUACGAAGGUCAAGCGGGGAGUGUGCUGUCUUUACGACAGUUAUUUAGUUUAUAAUAUUUUCGCUUAGUAAUUCAUUCAAUAGUAUUUUCUAGUUAGAAUUAGAAGUGUUUAAAGUAUAUUCAUUGCAUGUAAAAUAUAUCGGCAUGCGAUGACGUCACAUCCGGUUUCGCCGCGUCUUGUGGGAAAACACCGGUUUGAAAUUAGCGCGAGGGUGGGGGCUUUCCACGAGGCUCACCUGAGCAGAAGCAGUUUUGCAGGCAUGAGAAAUCACAGUGAGAGCAACGCUUUUUCACCAUAUGUUAAUGUGAAGAGUGAACAGUAAAUGGUUAAUCUUACUGCGAUCUGGUUCUUAUUAACUGUGGUUUAUCCGGACGUUAAAUUCGGCGUUUCGUUACACCCGAAG